AUGAGCCAAGAUGACAAGAAUUCUCAAAGCCAAAACCAUGCGUCGAACCCUCUAAAGCUGGAAACAGAUCGUUUGGAGAAUGAACUGAAAGUUAAGAGUUUGGAGCUUGAGAAGAUCGCGGCAGAGGCGAAAGGCUUGAAGCUCUUAAAUAAGUCGAUGGAAAAGGCUGUGCAAGGGCUCACCGACGAGGUUGCAAAAUUAAAGCUGAAGUUAGAAACUGCUGAACAGCAGUGCGACGCAAAGACCCUUGAGCUGAAGAAGGCCAACGAUUUGCGUAAAGCUUCUCAGGCCGCACAACAGGCAGCUGAAGCCACAGUUAGACGCCUGCAAGCAGCUCAAAAAGGGAAGCAGGGUCCAGCGUUGGACGAAGUGAUUGCUGCACUGGAGGCUGAGUUAAAGUUGUCGCAGAAAGAGGUUUCAAGACUGCAAGAGGACAACAGGGCUCAGGAUCGUCUCAUGCGCACUAAAGAAGUUGCUCUUCUGGACGCUGAGAAGGCUGUGGAGGCUGCAAAUGCAAAAGCGGCUCAAGUGGAUGAGUGUAUGAAUAAGAUUGCCGAGCUGACUCGCCAGCUUAACGCACAGCAGGAUGAGAACAAGACGCUUGACCGCAUGUACAAGCAGAAGGUGGACGACGUGAAGAAGCUUACAUCGCAAGUUGAAUCUUUGAAUGAAGCGGUGACAGCUGCACAGAGCUAUACGAGCGUCAUCAAGGACUACCAGCGACAACUUCAGGAGUUACAGGCCACCCACAAGAUCACCCUGGACGAGCUGGCUCGUGCGAAGAUUGCAGCAACCCGCGUUGCCUCUGCUGUUGCUAACGAAUGGAAGGAUGAUAACGACAAGGUUAUUCCUGUAAAGCAGUGGCUCGAGGAGCGGCGUGUUCUGGUGGGAGAGGCGGAAAAGCUAAGGGAAAAGUUGGCACACGCUGAACGUGCAACGAAGUACGAAGCACAGAUGAAGGAAAAGGCACAGACUAGACUCAAAGUUUUGGAAGAGUGCUUCAAGGUUGGUACGCCUCUAAGGUCUUCAAUAACCGGCAGGAUCUCACCUGGCAGGCUCUCCCUCUCAUCCUCAACCUUGAAGCUCCCCAAGCAAGUUUUCCCCCUUGGGUCCGACCCUGAACGCAUGAGCACCACUUCCUCGGACAACGAGCCGAUUCCAGAGAUUGACUACCAGCCAAGCCCUAAGAGAGCUGGGGAAGAUGACAAGGUCCCUGGUGCACUGUACGAUGUAAUGCAGCGGGAGGUGGUUGUGUUGAGGAAGACCGUCUCUGAAAGGGAACAGAGCCUCAAGGACAAAGACGAUGCAAUUGAGAUGCUGUCGAAGAAGGUCGAGACACUGACGAAGGCUAUGGAUGUGGAGACCAAGAAAGCACGACGAGAGAUUACUAUGCUUGAGAAGGAGCUUUCAGUCUUCAAGAGUGAACCGCUUGGUCGAACACCUGGACGCCGCAUAUCAGUCACGGGUGUCCGCCAGCCUUUAGUCUCGUCAACAUCAGCAAGGCUGCCUACAGUCGUGGACCCCAAAACGUCGUGCACCCUGACGCUCGCCCGCCUCGCCUUCCGCAGCCCUAGUUGCUUCAACGACGAAGUAUUCUCUCGCAAAAGCCUCUUCCAGCCGCAUUUCAACACGUGCACACCUCACCUUCUCAUACCUAUCCCCAUCGCACGUGCGCCACCUGCGUUUCGCAAACAAAUAGGCACCAUGGUUCAGAAGGGGCAGCAGUUUAAAGGCAUAAAGAAGAAAGCCGUUCCACCGAACCGGCAUGGGAAGGCGAUUAAAGUUCGAAAAGGGAGGGUUGUAAAGGCGACAAAGAAAAGCACCUCCGAACUUGACGCCAGCAAGGAAGUAACUAAGUUCAUUAACGCGGCGAACGAGUCUCGUGCAGCAGCAGUGGCGGCGAGAGAUGGAGCGCCGUUGACGCUAGUCAAAGCCCCGCCUCCGGAUCCGGCAGACGCGGAGGGCAAGAAAGGAGCGAACAAGGGGAAGGUGCUUAUGGGGAAGGUGAAACCGGCGGGAAAGAAGAAGUAA